GGAGUCUCCAAAGCGCAGGCGCCGACGGGGCGGGGAAAAGGGGAAGAAGGCUGACGACGAAGCACUCGCUGCGCUGGGCUGCCCGAGAUCGCAGGUAGCUGGUUAAAUGCAGUUGUGCCAGUAAUAGAGGGAAGAUAAACAUGAGAAUAGCAGGAGCAGCAAAGUUGGUAAUAGCAGUGGCUGUGUUCUUGCUGAUGUUUUAUGUCAUAUCUCAAGUAUUUGAAAUAAAAAUGGACGCCAGUUUAGGAAAUCUUUUUGCAAGAUCACCACUGGACCUACCAUUGCGAACUACAAAGCCUCCAAGGUAUAAAUGUGGAACGACAAAAUCAUGUCCAGCAAAUCAUUUUGCUUUCAAAAUGGCAAGUGGAGCAGCCAACGUUGUUGGACCUAAAAUAUGUGUAGAAGACAAUGUCUUGAUGAGUGGUGUUAAAAACAACGUGGGGAGGGGCAUUAAUAUAGCCCUAGUAAAUGGCAAAACAGGUGAAGUACUGGACACAAAAUUCUUUGAUAUGUGGGGUGGAGAUGUAGCCCCAUUCAUUGAAUUUCUGAAGACUUUUGCAGAUGGAACUAUUGUAUUAAUGGCAACAUAUGACGAUGGUGCCACUAAGCUUACUGAAGAGGCACGGAAACUAAUAUCAGAUUUGGGGAGUACGUCCAUCAUGACACUUGGCUUCAGAGACAAUUGGGUCUUCUGUGGUGGGAAAGGAAUCAAAACUAAAAGCCCUUUUGAACAGCAUAUUAAAAACAACAAGGACACCAACAAGUACGAAGGAUGGCCAGAAGUUGUGGAGAUGGAAGGGUGUAUUCCACAGAAGCUAGAAUGAACAAUCUGCAAUUUGGAAACAGACAAUGCAAAAGAACAGUGGAGGGGGAAAUGCACUUUUCUGCUGCUGUGAAAUUGUAGGAUUUGGGAAGAUAGAGGCCAAGUGUGAACUCCAUCAUACUAGGAUGGCUUGAUACACAAGGCCCAUAAAAAGCUGUGCAAAGUGAUGGUAAAUUGGAACAAUUCAUUUGACUGGGCAUGUGAAAUACUUAUCCUGCUGGAUUGUGCCCUAUGUAAAUAAUUUCCAGGCAUGUUUUCACUUUAAAAUGUGCAUGAUUUUUUUUUAAAAAAAACAAACAAAUGUCAGGCUUAUUUAUUGUUAAAUUGAAGAGAUUUUUUUUUCUCUCUCUUUUUGUUUUUUGUAAAUAAGCCCUAAACAAACAGAACAAUUAUUUCUGAGCUUUCUUAUUCUCCCUUCUCUCUCUCCCUUUCUUCCUUGUUUCUAAAGCCACUUAUUGUAUGUAAAUGUCUUUUAGAACCACCCUCAGAAGUAAUUAGAGAUGUACAAUGAAUAGUUGAACUAAACCUGGGCUUUGUUGUAUCCUGUUCAAUUACAACAUUGCUGUGACUGCAUAUAUUUAGAUGGAUAUGUAAAUUUUAGAGGAAAAAAUAGUUAACUAUUUUUAUGCUAUGUCUGUUGGAAAACCACAUUCUUCAGUGACCCCUUUCGGAUAGAAGGGGUGGAUGUUUGAUACAAAAAUGUAGGACUGCUCUACAAAGCACAAUUAAAUGCUUUUCAUUAAAAUCAAAUGUA